AUGCCUGGUUCCAUCAGAACACUUAUAGCUCUACUCCUCCUCUCCUUCUUGUCUUUUUCCACACAGGGACACACCCACAAGGACUCGGUACUUGGUUCAACAGCGAAGCACAAGUACGAUAAGGCACACUCGCUUGGAGAUGGGUACCAAUUUGACCCGCGAGACGGAUGGGAGGUGGUCAAUGCCACAAAUCUCGACUACAAGUAUAGCAAUGAUAUCGCCCAACCCCAGAAUAUCGUCGGCAGAAAAUUGCACGCAAAUAAAUCGUCCAAACCAAAGGGCGUGGCGGGUUCUUUGACGGAGUUCCUUCAGAAGGCGUUGAAGGGAUUGACAGGCAUUGGAAAGCCCCAACCCGUCACGAUUACAUGGUACACUGGCCACGACUUGCUACACCCCAGUUGCUGGCCCAAAGGUCGAUGGGCACCAACAGACGAUUCCUUUGUCGCAGCCUUGACGCAAAAGGGAUGGGCGAGCAAGCCGAAGUGCUUCAAAUUUAUCGAGCUAUGCAAUACUCCGAAGAGGUGUAUUUUCGUCCGAGUAGUAGACACAUGCGCAGGUUGCGCUGCCAACUCGAAGCAUGUGGAUCUGACUAGGGCUGCCUUUGGAGCACUCGCCGAUUUCGAUGAAGGCAUUUUGAAAGUGCAAUAUCGCCCGGCCACCCAGCCCAAGGAAUGGCACGAGAAGCUGUGGGGUCCCAAGGUGCACUGA